CACAAAUCACAACAAGCUCAAGUGCGCAAUCUUUGCAGAAAUUAUGAAAGUAUUUUGGUGUAGAGUUUUGAUAUUUAUCGUUUAUCUUUUCUUGGUUUUUUCAAAAAUCAUCAAAGAACAUCGACGGUAUUGCGUGAUAGGUGCUGGACCAGGAGGUCUUCAAAUUUCAUAUUUUCUACAAAAGUCAAAUCGGGAUUACGUUGUGUUCGAGAGAAAUGCUAAAGCUGGUUCCUUUUAUGAUUACUUCCCCCGCCAUCGAGGAUUGAUAUCUAUCAACAAACGACAUACAGGUCGAACUAAUAAAGAGUUCAACAUGAGACAUGAUUGGAAUUCGUUAUUAUCUGAAGAUGAAUCACUGCGCAUGACCAAGUAUAGCAAGCGUCUUUACCCUAAGGCAGAUGUCUUAGUCCGUUAUCUCAAUGACUUCGCCAGAAAAUCAAGACUCAACAUUGUUUACAAUACAGAAAUUAAGGAAAUUUCUAGAAACACUAAGGAAGAAUUGUUCAUAUUGAAAGACCAAAAUGAAAACUUUUACAGUUGUAAAGAUCUUAUUGUUAGUACUGGUUUGCCUGUUGAAAAUAUCCCUGAAUUCAAAGGAGCUGAACAUACAGAGAGUUAUGGCAAAAUGUCAAUUGAUCGCGAUGAUUACGAAGGAAAAUCUGUGCUGAUCUUAGGAGGAGGAAAUGCUGCAUUUGAGACCGCUGACCGUAUUAUGGAGUCCACAAAUCUUGUUCACGUGAUGGGAAGAUCUAGGGUACGUCUAGCGUGGUCAACGCAUUAUGUUGGUGACGUAAGAGCCAUUAACAAUCGCCUUCUUGAUAAUUAUCAACUAAAAUCUUUAGAUGGAUUCUUAGAGAAAUCUUUCUCCCAGCUAAGUAUCGUGAAGCAUGCUGGGAAACUAUACGUGGAUUUUUAUGACUCGAAUGGAAAGAUUUUGAACAAAACUGGAGUUGCUCCGGAUAACUACUCUUUACGUGACCCGUAUGAUAAGGUCCUUAGAUGCAUUGGUUUUCAAUUUGAUUUCUCCAUAUUUAAUUCAACCGUUAUGCCCGAAAAAGGCCUGGGUAAGAAACACAAGUACCCACGCAUCACUCCAGAUUUUCAAAGUCAGAACAUUCCAAGGUUAUGGUUUGCUGGAGCGUCAGCACAUUCUUUGGAUUGGAAGAAGUCUGCUGGUGGGUUCAUUCAUGGAUACAGAUAUACAGCUAGAGCUCUUCAUCGUAUCUUGGAAUGGAAGAAUCAUGCAAUAAAAUGGAAGCACCACGUGAUUUCCCAAAGCCAAAUAAUGAACUAUAUAAUAAAACGUGUAAACGAGGCAUCGGGUAUAUAUCAAAUGUUCGAGUUUCUGGUUGAUGUAAUCAUUUAUGUAAAUGAGGAAGAAACUAUUUACGUCGAGGAAUUUCCAUGCAUGUUGCUUGAUCGAUUUACACAGUAUACCGGUUUACCUAAUGGACCAAUGCUUGUAAUUAACAUGGAGUAUGGGGAAACAUUUUCCGGCCCUGGCCAAGACACUUUUCAUGAAGAUAGAUCAACACUGGAUCCAUCGCGGGCUCAUAUCUCCAACUUCUUACAUCCCGUUUUGUAUUUCUAUCCUCAACCAUUGAGAGCCUUGGGAAAAAAUUAUUCUUUACCUAAACCGCAUAGAAUACAUCAUAUUGUAGAAGAUUUUCUUACAAAAUGGACGGGAUUAUCCAGUCAUCUGGUUCCUUUGAGAAGAUUUUUGGAGCAAGUGCAGGGAGAGGAUUUGAGAAAUUUCUUUUCACAAAGUUGUUUUAAACUGGCGAUGACAAAUGUUCGUUUGCCAAGAAGAUGCCGCGAUUACUUCAUUAAAAGUUCUUCUCUCCCUGCCGUAUCUAAUUUACACGUCGUUCUGAAAGAGUGAACCAACCUAUUAAUGAUGUGUUUUGAAGGAUUUGACCUCGACUCGAUACGUUAACUAAAACUGCUUGUCUGACCAUCAACGAGAGAAGGAAUUUGUAGGGAUAGUAGAGUAAAAUAGAUGUCGGCUACUGUACUGUAGUACAGUAGCCGACAUAUAUAGUGUUAUAUAUAUUGUUCAGGAGAUAUUUUGGAAAUUAUUGAUAAAUAAAAGAGCAGAUUCUAAAUAAAAACGAAACAAGUGAUAACGAUAUUUUGUGAAACAUUAUAACUCAAUCCAUACAUCUUUA